GGUUGCUUCUGCAAUUUUUCAUCUGAUCCCAAAGCAUGGUGCCGGUCUUUGUGCGGUAUUGAAAUGAGACGAGUGUAAAUACGUCGACGUCAUUGUCUAUUUCGAGGCAGGACGCGGCAGGCGCAGGCUGAGGCGCAUUGCCAAGCUAAUCUCUCUUCAUGCUUCAUCACUCUGGCAGCAGAAUCAUGGCUCACCGCUGCCCACGACGACCUCAUACCCCUCCGUGAGGCUCACCACUUUCGCCUCGAUAUGGCGCCUCCAGUAAUCCCAGCAGCGGGCGCGACAACGGCAGAUGUGCGCGAUCAGUCGGUGCUCGAACAGCGCCUUGGGCAAUCAUCGAGCGUCGUCAUGCCGUUACUCGAACUGGGCGCAAUCGGAUACGUGACCUGGGUUCUUGUAUACCAAAUAUGUGUACAGUACUUACGCGAACCCUCCGCCGAGUUGCGCCAGGACCUCAACGUUCAGCCACGGCGAGCCACAGGCAUCGCCCUCAUAGUCGUCUACGCCGUCUUGCUCCUCCUAUUACUCGUACCUUGGUCGCGCCUCAUACAAGUUAUAUGGUCGAAGCCGGAUCUAGUACCCCUAGGUGACACAUCGGUGGAGAAAAAAGAGGUCACAACAAGCUGGCUGGGGCAGUACGAUGCGUACAUCUGCGAUUACGAGGGCAUGCCAUUGUGGUGUGAUAAGUGCCACAAUUGGAAACCGGACAGGACGCAUCACUGCAAAGAGCUGGGUCGCUGCGUGCGCAAGAUGGAUCACUACUGUCCGUGGGCAGGCGGAAUCAUUGCUGAGACCACUCACAAAUUCUUCAUGCAAUUCGUUUUCUUUGGCGCAUUGUAUACUGCAUACAUUUGGAUCGUUACUGCUGUUUUUUUGGGCGAACGUAUUUCAAUGACUGGCUCACACCCAGGUACCUGGAUAGGCGUCCUUGUCGUUGGUAUCCUGUUUUGCAUCUUUACAUUCACGAUGAGCUGCAUGACUGGCUGGAAUCUGUGCAUCAACUACACUUCCGUGGAGGGUAUCCAGCGAGGCGGCAUCCAUAACAUCGCCUUCCGGAUCUCGAACACCUCGGAAAGGUUAAGCCUUCCGUCCACACCUUCUGCGCAAGACAAAUCACAAAGCCAUGACGACUGGCCAGUUCUGACGACCAUUCAACGCGGUCCAAAUCUGACCUACGUUGUUAUGCAGACCAAGCCGCACGAACAUCCUUGGUACACAAGCCUCAUGAUGGGAUGGAAAGACGUUAUGGGCAACAACAUAAUCGACUGGAUAACGCCGAUCAGACAUAGUCCAUACAAGCAAAGGAGCCACCGAGGGGAGUUCGAGUGGGGCGAGCUAGUUUACGAUAUGGCGAAGCAGUAUGAAAGACAAAAUUCGGCCGUCAAGCUGGCCAUUCUGAACUAGCCGCGCCACAUUCUGGAGCGUUUUUGGUGGCUCUAUCGCAUCUUCAGCAUUGCUUUGGCGUUUGGAAGAUACCCACGUAUGUACAUAUGUGCAUCGCAGCUAAUAAAAACACGUCGAUCCAAUGUCUACUUCAUACAUCAUUGCGCGUUUUGGCAG